AUGAGCGAAUCAAAAGACAAGAAAUCACAAUUAUUUCUUUUAAAAAACGCAUUUUAUAAAGAUUAUAAAUUUUCAAAUAAAGAAAUUUUACAAAAUGUUCAUUGGUUAAGACAUAUUAUUAGUAUUAUUGUUGGUAUUGUUAUGGGUGUUUUAUCAGUUACAGGUUAUCCAGGUUUCAUUGCAUAUUUAGUAUCAACUUGUGGCUUUGUUGCUUUUUAUUAUUCAAAGUUUUUAGAAAUUGAUGAAGACGAAUUUAAAUGGGAAUUAUUACAAGAAGGUUUUAUGUCAUCAUUAACACUUUUUGCUUUUUCAUGGAUCCUUUUAUAUAAUAUUUUACAUGUAUAA